AUGGAUUCUUCAGAUAUAGUUGAUAUCGGUUUAGCUGACCUUUCUUGGGCCAAAUUUUUAAAGUCUCGAGCUUUAUACAGUAUUACAAGCUCGAAUGUCACACAUCGCUUGGAGUUUUUGAAUCACUCACUAUUGCCCCGAAUAAAAGCUGGCGAUCUCACUGAAAAUUUACUUGGAAGUCUCCUUCACCUUAUUUUCUUAACUUAUUCUAGAUAUAAUGAUAGGCCUUCGCGUCUUGCUAUAUUAAAUAUUUUGAAAGAGCUCAAUAACUGGAAUUCUGAGCUUUUUUUAAAUGCAUUUGUUCCAAUGGUCACCAAAGAAGCUGAUAAAUUAAAUCAAAAGAGUCCCGACUGCACCACGUACACGACAUCAUCCGCUAUUCGAUUUGUUCUUCUUACAUGGGUCAAUACACUAAUUAACUUUGUUUUAUCGGCCACCACCAACGCUGAAUCAUCACCACAUUGGAAGGGUUUAGUAGAUUCGCAAGCAAUACUUUUACAUUCAUUAACUUAUGAAAAUGAAAAAAGAAAAAGCAUGGCUAAUAGUGCAUUGGCUGAUGUUAGACGUUGUAUUCGCAAGAAUGUAUCAAAUAUUCCCUCAUAUCUAAAAUAUCUUACUUCCAGUGUGAGAUGCAGUGAUGCCGUCUUACUUGGGACAGUCGUUGAUUGUUCAUUGCGACACAAAAAGGAAAACGGCAAAGCAUUUGUAGAAAAUGCAAAGGAUGAUAUUAUACAAUUUUAUAUAACAAGCAUCGCAUCUUCUAAAACUGCUGUGUCGCAAACAUCGAAGAAUGCACUGCAUGAUUUUAUGAAAUUUAUAAUUACAGAAGAAGACUUUCAAACAAAGUUAAUUCCAGUUUUCGAGAAACUUCUUCUAAGAGCUCCUGAAAUCGUAUUGAGCGUGCUAGCCUGCCUAGUUAAAUCUUUUUCUUUUGAUUUAUCAAAUUUCUUAAAGAAAAAUUUUCUUCAACCUUUACUGGCACAUAUUCGAUCCUCCAAUAAAGUGAUCCAAACAGAUGCAACAAUAUUGCUAAAGAUACUCGUUGAAAAAAGUUCUAAUGAAGACAUUCUAGUAGACGUUGUUAAAGAUAUUAUUCAAGCAUUGAGUGGAGGGACUGUAAAAGUUUCCAACCCGGAACAUCGCAUCAUAUUAUUCCAAGUUUUAAGUCAAAUAUAUCGAACGCCUAAAGUAUCCAAAUCUGUUGUUGAAGGACUAUUACCAAUUAUUUUAAAAGAAAGCAACGAAAAUUCUUUGGCUAAGGUUAUUGAUGCUUUAGGCUUACAUUUUAAACCAUUAUUAAAUAUGGAAGACGAAACUCUCGUGAAAAAAGUUACAAAGUCCAUUGUGGAAGGAUUGGCUAGUGCUAAAACUGGCGAGAGAAAAGCAUGGGCUAUUGUAAUUGGGCGACUUGCAUGGGAAGAGGCAGGACAUCCAUCGGUUUCACUUCGUAACGUAAUUCUUAAGUCUCUUGCGCCUCUUAUGUCGACGACGGAAAAGAUUCAAGCCAAUGCUCUUAAUUUUACUGGUGGUCCAAUUGAAGGCUAUAUAUUAGUUUCAAUUAUUGAAGGUAGAUCAAAAAAUUGGAAUGAUGAUGAGAUCAAUGCAUUGAUCCGCACAAAGAAGUUCAAACAAAAUAUUUUGGCCACUUCACCCAAACUUACAUUCUUGCUUUGGGAUAAGGUGUACUCCAAACUUACUACUGUUGAUGAAAGUUGUUGGUUUAUUCGAUCUCUUGAAAGCAUAAUCCUUAAUGAUGAUGAGGCUUCAUUGCAAAAAACGGAUAUCAAAGUGUAUAUAGCUACUACCUUUAUUUAUAUGAUUUCGACGUCUCACCAAGCUUCUCGCGAUGCGUAUAAUGCUCUUAAGACUUGCCUCCAAUUAAAUCCAGAUUAUGUAGGUGAAAUGAUUCGAGAAGGAUUAACUAACUGGGUACUUCAACUUGAAAAGAAUGUCAAAGAUUCUACAGCAUUAUUAGCUUCGGCAAUUGCACAUUCAGAUCCUACUGUUAAUGCAUAUAGGCUCUCAAAAGUGCUCACUGCCAUCACCACAUUUUCCGAAAAGGCUGAUAGAUCAAAUGUAGAAAAAUCGCUUGUUGAGCUAAUAAUUUUAUCUCAUCAUUCCGCAAUUGUGUCACCCACCGAUAAGUACAAUUGGAUCACUUUAGUACAAAGAGCAAAGCUUGACCCUGGAAAGUUGGUUGAAAAGCAUUCUGGACGUAUUUUACAACUAAUACAAUCAGCAAUUGAUACUAAUAAUGCAUCGAAAAAUUUUUAUCAAGCCGCCUUGUCUGCGAUAUCAACUGUAACUUUCAUUUCUCCUGAAAAACUCGUACCAAUGCUUAUUAUUCAGUGUCGUAAAUAUUUGGAUCCUUGCUUGUUUGAAAAAAUGAGCGAUCAAGAUAUAGGAAUAUGGAAAACUGCAGAAGGGACUUUAUUUGUCGACGUACUCAAAAAUAAGAAGCAAGUUGUAGAGAAUCGUAAUAAAAAAGAUUAUCAUACUGAAAAGUGGGAACGUGAAGUACGUGAAAAGAUAGCACAAAAGAAAGGCACGUCAACCCCCAAAUUAACGAAGGAAGAACAAGCUGCAGUAAGUGCUCAAUUAGCAAAAGAAUCCGAGACGCGUAAAACUGUCGAGAAUGCUCGUCAAAAAUUGAUAAUGGGUCUUGAUAUUGUGGAUGCGAUGGUGAAAGGAAAUUCAGAGGCUACUGAACAAUAUAUUGUAGAGUUAAUGGAAUUAUUGCAUCAAGUUUUAAAGAAAUGUGGUCCUUUGGUCGACGAAAAGGCGGUUAAUACCUAUUUAAACAUCAAUCUUUGUACAUAUGAAAAGAUUGAAAGUAUUCGCAACUCCAUUGGAUUAGCAACUCUCCGUAUUAUGCAAGUCCAAGAAAUCCCGGAAAAAUGGUUUCAAGAACCAUUGGACCACCUUAUUUCACGCGUACUAUUUCGUCUUCGUAUCAUAACAGAACGAUCGCUAAUGCCACCUCCGUCGUUUGCUUAUUGCUUUCCAUUGAUUCAUCAAGUUAUUAUUAAAGGCGGGAUUUGUUUACAUAAAGAAGAAACGAAAGCUUCAGAAAUGUCAAUUGAACAAAUUGCAUUAGGAUUAGAUAUAAUUUCUUUUCACACAGGGAUUGGAGCUUCCCCGUUACUUCCUCGGUCUGAAAUGAUUCAUACCCUUUUACAUAUAAUUAAAGAAUAUCCAAAGUUAACAAAAGUUGCAAGGACCGCAAUGAUUAAUUUAUGCGAGUCUAUUGGUGAUACAGCAGAACAAAAGGAAAUAAACGUUCUACUCACCGGAAUACUUUCUCCAGAAGCAUUUGUUCGCCAUGCUUGUUUACAAGCAUUAGAGUAUUUGGAUCUUACAGAUAUCGAUUUUUCAUGUGAAUUAUGGAUAGCUUGUCAUGAUGAGGAUGAAAAUAACGCAAAAUUGGCAUUAGCCUUAUGGGAAUCCAAUGGAAUGGACGUUGAGCCUAGUUACAAUGUCGAAUUGUUGUCUUAUGUGAUUCGUGAAGAAAAGCAUGUCAGAGAAUGUGCUGCCAAAUCAAUUGGUAGUGCAUCAAAAUACUUCCCUGAUUCGGUUUCAGACACGUUGUCACUAAUUUACGAACAAUAUAAAGAAAAGUCAAAGCCGAUCUUGCCUGAGUAUGACGAAUAUGGUAUUUUAAUACCUGAUUCGCUAAAUAAAAAAGACCCAUGGGAAGCUCGUGUAGGAUUAGCGCUUUCUCUUGGGACACUAGCACAAAAUUUAAAAUCAACGGACUUGAAACCUUUAUUUGAAUUCUUAAUAAAUGAUGAGGCUGUGGGAGAUAUUCAUGCACAAGUGCGGCAAAAAUUAUUGGAGGCAGGUUUGGCAGUUAUCGACGCUCACGGUAGUAAGAACGUUGCUUUAUUGAUGUCUGUGUUUGAAAACUAUUUGGAUAAACCUGCCGAGCCGACAGAAACCCAUGACCGUAUUCGUGAAUCUGUUGUUAUUUGGUUUGGCGCUCUGGCAAAACAUUUAGAUCCCACAGACUCAAGAAUCCCUGUGAUUAUUGAUAGGCUUAUUGAGGCACUAAAAACUCCUUCCGAAGCUGUUCAAGUAGCGGUUGGAGAUUGUAUACCACCUUUAAUCAAGUUUAUGAAAGCUAAAGCACCUGAUUUGAUUUCUGGUCUGCUUAAUCGGUUAUACCAUUCUGAAAAGUAUGCGGAAAGAAGAGGUGCUGCAUAUGGUUUAGCUGGUGUCGUGAAAGGCACUGGUAUUUCAUCUUUAAAAGACUGUAAUAUAAUAACUGUAUUGAAACAAGGUGUAGAUAAUAAAAAAGACUAUAAAUUUCGACAAGGUGCACUCUUUGCUUUCGAAACAUUAUCGCAAAGCCUGGUUCGCCUUUUUGAACCUUAUGUUAUACAAAUUUUACCACUGUUGUUAGUAUGUUUUGGUGAUUCUCAUCCUGAUGUUAGAGAAGCCACAUCAGAUACAGCUAGAGCUAUCAUGAGCAAAAUAAGUGGACAUUGUAUCAAACUUAUUUUACCAACGUUAUUAGCAGGUUUGGAUGAUCGUCAAUGGAGAACAAAGAAGGGAUCAAUCGAAUUACUGGGAUCAAUGGCAUUCUGUGCGCCUAAACAACUAUCAAUUUCUCUUCCUACUAUAGUUCCUCGAUUAACAAAUGUACUCUCAGAUUCACAUAAGGAAGUCCAAUCAGCCGCAAAUGAAGCUUUAUUACACUUUGGAGAGGUUAUUAGUAAUCCUGAAAUUCAAGCCCUCGUACCGAUUCUACUUCGUGGAUUAAGCGAUCCUGAUAAAAACACUAAUGCUGCAUUGAACUCAUUAUUAGAAACUGCUUUUGUUCAUUAUAUUGAUGCACCGUCAUUGGCAUUGGUAAUGCCAAUUCUUGAGCGAGGAUUAAAAGAGCGUAGCACUGAGGUUAAAAAGAAGUCUUCGCAAAUAGUUGGCAAUAUGUCAUCUCUAACUGAUGUUAAAGACCUUGUUCCUUAUUUACCACGACUUUUACCAAGUCUUAAGGAAGUAUUAGUAGACCCUGUACCUGAGGCUCGUGCUACAGCUGCUAAAUCAUUAGGUACUAUGGUAGAAAAGCUUGGGGAAGAUAAGUUUCCAAAUCUUGUAAAUGAGUUAGUUCAUACUCUUAAAUCAGAUACUAGUGGUGUUGACCGACAAGGCGCUGCACAAGGACUUAGUGAAGUAUUAGCAGGAUUGGGUAUAAGCCGCCUCGAGGGACUUUUAUCUGAAAUUGUAAUUAAUGCUACUAGUCCAAAAUCAUAUGUGCGUGAAGGAUUUAUUUCCUUACUUAUUUAUCUUCCAGCAACAUUUGGUAUAAGGUUUCAACCUUACCUUGGUCGUAUUAUUCCUCCAAUUUUAUCUGGUUUAGCUGAUGAAUCAGAAUAUGUACGAGAUGCCUCACUUAGAGCAGGUCAAAUGAUAAUUGUAAACUAUGCGACUAAAGCUGUAGACCUUUUACUUCCUGAAUUAGAAAGAGGGUUGUUUGAUGAUAAUUGGAGAAUUAGACAAAGUUCUGUGCAACUCAUGGGAGAUUUAUUGUAUCGCAUUACCGGUAUUAGUGGUAAAUCAACUGUUGAAGGAGAGGAAGAGGAAGAAACUGGUGUGACUGAAUCCAGUCGCAAAGUUUUAUUACAGGCUCUUGGAAAGGAAAGACGUGAUCGAGUUUUGGCUGCUUUAUAUGUUGUUCGACAAGAUGUAUCUGGUCUCGUUAGACAGUCAUCUUUGCAUGUUUGGAAAUCUAUCGUUUCAAAUACACCUCGUACUGUUAAAGAAAUACUACCGAUAAUGAUGGGCUUGAUUAUUAAGAAUCUCGCAAGUCCAAGUUUUGAGAGACGUCAAGUAGCUGCACGCACUCUUGGAGAACUUGUUCGUAAGCUUGGUGAAAGCGUUAUGUCAGAAAUUAUACCUAUUCUAGAGGAAGGCUUAGAGUCUCCUGAAUCAGAUAAAAGACAAGGUGUUUGUAUUGGCUUAAGCGAAAUAAUGAGUACAGCUGGAAAAGUACAAGUUAUUGAUUAUGUAGAUUCAAUUAUCCCGGCUGUUCGAAAGGCAUUGGUUGAUGAAUCUGGUGAAGUACGUGAGGCAGCAGCUCAAGCCUUUGAUACACUUCAGCAACAUGUUGGUGAUAAAGCAAUCGAUGAAAUAUUACCUACUCUUCUUAAUUCCCUUCAAUCUGGAAAUGAUUCUACUUAUGCAUUAGAAGCUUUGAAAGAAAUAAUGACAGUUCGUGCUAAUGUAGUGUUUCCAGUUCUCAUACCUAAUCUCAUCACCGUACCUAUUACUGCUUUUAAUGCUCGAGCUCUUGCAUCCUUGGUAACUGUUGCUGGUGCUGCUCUUAAUAAAAGACUCUCGAACAUUUUGACUGCUUUAAUGGAAUCUUUGAGCAUGGAAACUGAUGAAGCUGUAAAUUUAGAGCUUCAAGAAACAGAACGUGCAUUGUUACUUUCUAUCGAUAGUAUCGAAGGUCUUCAAAACUUGAUGAUAAUACUUUUUGAGGCAGUUAAAAGUGAUGAACCUGCAAAACGAUCCGGUGCCUGUGAUAUUGUUGCAAUAUUUUGUAGUGAAACGAAGAUGGAUUUUUCAAGAUAUACAACAGAAUGGAUACGAGUUUUAGUAUCACUUUUAGAUGAUCAUCAAAUUGAGGUAGUCAAAUCGGCAUGGAAUGCUUUAAAUGCUGUGACCAAAUCUGUAAAGAAAGACGAUCUAGAACAGUUGGUUAUACCACUUCGUCGUUCAGUGAAAGGUGUCGGGGUUCCUGGAGUUGACUUACCAGGAUUUUGUUUACCAAAAGGAAUAAGUCCUAUCCUUCCAAUAUUUUCACACGGAUUGAUGUAUGGUACUGCAGAAAUUCGUGAACAAUCUGCUUUAGGAAUAGGUGAUCUUAUUCAACGAACGUCUUCUGAUGCUCUCAAACCAUUUGUGACACAAAUAACGGGUCCUCUUAUUCGUAUAAUCGGUGAUCGUUAUCCUCCUCAGGUGAAGGCAGCUAUAUUGCAGACUUUGAGUUUACUACUUGAAAAAGUUUCUGCCCUUCUUAAACCUUUUCUUCCACAACUUCAACGUACUUUUGUCAAAUCUUUGACCGAUCCAACGAGUGCCCUUGUUCGAUCACGUGCGGCGAAGGCUCUCAGUACUUUAAUUUCAUUACAAACUCGCGUGGAUCCUUUGAUACUAGAAUUGGUUACUGGAAUAAAAACGAGUGAACCUAAUGUGCGCGAAACUAUGUUGAGCGCUUUGGAAAGCGUAGUGAAUAAGGCAGGAGAUAGUAUGAGCGAGGCUUCAAGGAAGGGUGUUCUUGGAAUUAUUGCAAAUGGGUUAACUGAUUCCUCCGAAGGAAUGGUGGUUGGUGCCGCACGUCUUCUUGGAAGUCUGUGCAAGCAUAUUCCGCCUCAAGAAGCUAUGCCUCUCAUCACAACUUACAUCCUAUCAGGAGAACCGACGCAAAGUUCGCUUUUGACCAUAAACGCAAUUCUAGUAGAAGCUCCACGAAUCUUUUUUGACUUAGGAAUUCAUAAAGAAAUAGUUAAUAUUGUAUCUAUGGGUAGCAAGAGUAAUCAACCAUCGAUUGCAGAUAAUGCAAUUAUUGCAGCUGGUAAAAUUUUACUUACAGAACUUUAUCAUGAACAAAAUACAAUAAGACACCUUGUGGAAGCAUUGGUUAAUGAUGUUCGUGAACCUGCUACUUUGGUUGGAGAGACAAAACGAUUAGCUUUGGGUGUCUUUCGAGUAAUUGGAAGAAAAUGUCCACAGAUUUUGGAACCUCAUCUUUCCGAGAUCAUUCCUCAAAUUAUGCUUCUGGAUGGCGAAAAUGUGAUGCAGAACUAUUUAUCAACAACUGAUUCUCAAACAGCCAAAACUUUUAUUGAUUUUCAUAAACGCGUUUUAUCCAAACUUGUUUCACAAGAACAACAGAAAAUUGAACAACUGCAGGCAGGAUUAGUGUUUGUACAGUUUGCGAUAUGA